UUGUUGCAGCGAGAAGAAACAUCCGGGUCUCUCAGGACUUUGACUGGCGACCCGUCGCCAUUCGUGCAAGCGAAUAGAAAUAUAUUUUUGGAGCUAAAUAUUAACAUUGAGACAUUCAAACGAAUAGGGAGCAUUUAGAACAUUGGCCUGGCUAACCGUUGGCCUCAUCGAGAAGGAGCUUCAUUUUUGGGGGUCUUGGCCCCGUGUGGCUAGCCUUCGUCAUCUCUUUUCAAAACCUCCAUAACUUGAGACGCCAAUAUCGUGUCUCUUGUUUUUUUUCUCUGGAGUAUUUUGUUGUGAAGAUGUCGCCGUGAUGGGUUCUCCGCGUUUGAACGAUAUGAAUCGGGGCCUUCGCCGCCUGACCCUCACUCAUUGCUGCCCAGUUUAUUCCUGUCUUUCAUUUAAUGCUAGUGAGCUCAGCAGCGCUCGGCUCGAAGCUCGGCCUCGUUCACUGCACGGAAACAAACAUGGAGAAGAACCCGAGCAGCAGCAACAACACCAAGGUUCCACCUCGUUCCAACUCCUCUGGGCCAACCCCGGGGGAAUCUAAACCGAAAACAGAAAACAAGAAUAAUGGGGGCACCAAGCGCUAUAGCCGCAAGCGAGAGCCCUCCUUUCCCAAAGCAGAAAACUUCUCGGGUCCGCGUCGCACCAAUCCACAGAAAAGCAAGAAUUUUGACAAGAGACCCCCCCAGAGAGGCGGAGGAAGGAAUUAUGGAGUUGCAGGUGGAGGACGACGGGAGGAGGUAGCAGAGACGCGCCGGGCAGAGUUUAGCCCGGCUCAAUUUGCUGGACCGAAAAAAAUAAGCCUCAACCACCUGUUGAACUUCACCUUUGAACCUCGCGGAGGCAAUGGUGCUGUCGGCGAUGGCGGCUACUCCUGUUGGGGGCGUCGAAAUAAGUGGGGUCAUAAGCACAAGCCCUUUAACAAGGAGCUUUUCCUACAGGCCAACUGCCAGUUUGUGGUGACUGAUGACCAGGACUACAAGGCUCACUUCACUGACCCAGAUACCCUCGUCAACUGGGACUGUGUGCAACAAGUGCGAAUCUACAGUCAUGAGGUCCCAUCUUGCCCCAUCUGUCUCUACCCACCCGUGGCAGCGCGCAUUACGCGCUGCGGACAUAUCUUCUGCUGGCCUUGCAUACUGCACUACCUGUCUUUAAGUGACAAGACUUGGUCGAAGUGUCCAAUAUGUUAUGAAGCUGUUCACACAGUGGAUUUGAAGAGUGUGGUUGCUAUGGAGACCAAGCAGUAUGUGGUUGGUGAUGUCAUCACCAUGCGCCUCAUGCGGAGGGAAAAGGGGGCUGUGGUGGCCAUGCCAAGCUCUCAGUGGGUGAAAGUGGAGGAGCCUGUACGGUUUGGAGAUACUUCUUUGAGCCCGUAUUCCAAGCUGCUGCUAACCUCCUCCACCCAGGUCCUCAGCCUUGUGGAAGAUGAGAAGGCAGUUUUGCAGGCUCAGCUAUGCCAGGAAGAGGGAGCACAAGCUUGCUUCAUCCAGAGCGCACUUUGCCAUUUGCAGGAGCAAGAAGAAAUGUUGCUGAAACAGCAGACGGGUACAGACAACAGCUUUGAUUCAUCCUCUCUGGCUGUUGUCCUACCUGCUUCCCCUGUAGAUGAAGUGGUAACCAUUAACAGCUCUUUCAAGCCUGUGCUGCAGUACUCUUCUGCUUUUGAUGAUGAGGUGGCACAAGUCCUAGCGGCAGAAGGGUUACACGUGUCUCCUGAAGAUACUUUGGAAAGUGUCGUUGAAGAGCCUACUGAUGUUUUGGAUCCAGCCCAACACCACAUCUAUGACGAAGAAACCCCUGCCAAAGAGUCUGAACAAAGUCACACUCAAACCAGCCAGGUGCACGGACCCUUCUAUUAUUUCUACCAAGCUGAGGACUGCCAGCAGAUGUUCUUGCAUCCUGUAAAUGUACGUUGUCUGUUGAGGGAAUACGGUAGCUUGGAGGCCAGCCCAGACUCCAUUACUGCCACAGUGGUGGAGAUCGAGGGACACACUGUCACUGAGGAUAUCCGCCGUCGACAUCGUUACCUGUCACAUCUGCCACUCACAUGCGAGUUCAGCAUUUGUGAGCUAUCCUUGCAGCCACCAAUCUUGUCCAAGGAAACCAUGGAUACAUUUGCAGAUGAAUUGGAGAAAAGAAAGCGCCUGAGACAGAAGAAAGCGAGAGAUGAGAAGCGCAGAGAGAAGCGAAUUGAAAUUGAAGAAAACAAAAAGCAGGGUAAAUAUCCCGAGAUGCAUAUUGGGCUAGAGAACCUUCAACAUUUCCCAGCAUUCGGAUCACCACCUCCCACCAGCAGCACUCUGGUCCAUCCUGAUUUUACUUUGCUUCCUCCAUCUCCCCUCAGCAGCAGCCCUUCCUCUGAUGGGAUGAUGUUUCCAAGUCUGAAUGGACAAAGCUCUCCUAUUGUGGGAAGUGUGGAGGAUGACUCUCACUGCAUGUCUUUUGCACAGAUGCUGAGAGAUGGGAAAGCCAGAAUUGAUGGGCCUCGAAUCACCACAAAGAAAGAAAAGCUGUUAGCUCCGCCUGCAGCAGACAGCGAUGGUGAGAGUGACGCGUCAGACCGUGCUCCCGUACCCAACUUUCAGAACUCUUUCAGCCAAGCAUUUGAGAAGGCACUCCUACAGCUAGACAGUCCAGCAUCUUCUCCACAAACCUUGGUUGUCUCAGAUGAGAAGGGAGGCAAGAAGAAAAAGAAAAAACAAAAACUUCUCUUCAGCACAUCCAUGGUUCACACAAAGUAGACAACACUGAAAUAAAUGUCAUGAUUUGGUUUCUUGGAUAACUGCUUAGCUUCCUUUCAAACCUCUCUGGGAGUUCCAAGAUUUUGCAAAGGAUUGCAAAAUGUUCUCAAAUGUUAGACCCUGUCAGUCAUUGUGUUGACUCUGGCUGUUUUUCAGUUCACCCUUUUAUUUUCAUUUAGUGCAAAUUCCUCUUGGGGCUGUUUGCUGGAAGUAAGACUAUUUUACUAACAUUGGAUAAGAUUCAUUUUAGGUGCUUUAUAUGAUGAGUAGCAGUCAGCCAGCUGCAGGUACAUUGCACCUUUGAAAUCUUUCCAGGAUUCUCAGUGCUCAGAUAUACCAGGACUUGUAUUCCUAUCAAACCGACGAAAGAUUUCCUUUUGAAGUACAUUUGAGUUGAAAAGUAUUGCUUUAGUAUUUUGUGGCAAUUUGAAUACACAACUAAUGUAUGCAAUGACAACAGUAUUGCAAUAAAGAGAUAAGAGCUUACAGUUAAACAAACUCCAUCAUAUUCUUUCCGAGUAAAUUAUAAUCAAAGCACUUAAUUUCGUCUUGUUUAUUGACUUUUGGUCGCAAUAUAAAUUUAGCUGCAGUUGUGUGAAGCUGGAGAAUUUGUGCUGUUUUAAGGAUGCUUUUCACUUGAAUAAUGAGAAUUUGUUUGAGGGUUCCUGAAUUAACAUUUAAUUUUGAGCAAACGCCUAGGAAGUUAUAAAACGAAUAAAUGAAUUAUGCCCAAUCAAA